AUGUUGUCAGAAACAGUUAUUUAAUAAUCUCCAGCAAAGAAAAUUAUCAAAAGAAUACAAGGAUUAAAAAAAAAAGGAAUUUUUACAUAAGAUGAAUAAAAUAAUUUUCAGGAUGAACAUAAACAAAGUUUAGAAGAUAGACUAAAAAUGUAAAAUUAUCUAAAAGAGGCUAAGGAAGACCUUAUGAAAAUUGCUAAUCAAAAUAAAGAUUUCAUGAUAUUCUCAUCUUAUGAAGAAAUGUCCAAACACAGAGAAAAAAGAAGAAAUGAAGAAUAACAAAUGAUUUUUAAACCUUUACAAUUUCCAACCAAAGGUGGAUCUGUAAUAAGAUGUAAAAAAAUUUAGUAAAAUACGACACCAGAAGAAAUGAAUGCAAACUAUGGUAUAUUAACUUUAGAUUAGAAAAUCAAAGCAAAUAAAGCAUAUACUGAUAGAUAAGAAAGCAAUUCCCCAAAUAAAUUUGAUUUUACAGAGAAAUUUCAUCAUAUAGAAGGAAAAAUUGCAAAACAAAAUAGAAUAGAAAUCAUUAAAGAAUAUAGUAAAAUUUAUAAAAGAGUUCAAAUAAAGCCAAUUCCAAAAUAAUUAAAUGAAUCUCAAUAUACUUCAAAAUAUAGAUAGGCAGUUUAAAAAGUCUAAGUAAUAAAUCACAGAAAAAGUGGAAAAAACAUUUUACCCGUUUUAUCUGUUGAGAAAAAAGAAUCAGUAGAAUCUAUUCUAUCAGAUCUGAAUUAUAGUAGAUGGUCAUUAGAGUAAGAUGUUAGUUAUUAGCAUAUUCCAGACCAAAAAAUAGGAUUAUAAUAAAGAUUAGGUGGUGGAUUUACAAAAUUAAACAAAGAAAAAUAUUUAGAAUACUUUUCUAAAUGA